UGCUCAUACAUUAUGUGUACUCAAGGUUCUGUGUUGCUUACCGGCCUCCUCAUCUGCAUUUGGAGUGCAUUUACAGAUGGGGCAGGAGUGUCCAUUGUUGGAGGAAAGGAGGUGAAGGCUCAUUCCAAACCAUGGAUGGUGUCAGUCCAGCGGAGCCAGCAGCAUGUCUGUGGAGGAGUCCUCAUUCAGGACCAAUGGGUUCUGACUGCUGCUCACUGUAGCAUGAGUUUUCCAUCCUUGGGAGAUGUGACUGUCCUCUUGGGCGCUCACUCUCUGAAGAAAGAGAAAAACACCAUUCGGGUGGGAAUCGAGCGCUGUGAAAUCCCCCAGACUUUCAACGAGAAAACAAAAGCUGAUGACAUUAUGUUAAUCAAGCUCAAGGACAAAGUCAAGGUCAAGAAAGAGAAAGUGAAACCAUUCAAACUGCCUAAAUCGUACAAAGAUAUUCUGCCUAAAACCAAGUGCCAAGUGAUUGGCUGGGGUGUAACAGACCCGAAGGUCCAAAAGCCAAAGCCAUCUGACACGCUCAGAGGUGUGGAGGUGGCCAUCAUAGACCGUGAUUACUGCGCCUGCCUCUACAACAAAAAUCUAGUAAUCACAGAGGACAUGCUCUGUGCAGGCAACAAAAAUCCAAAGCACGAUGCCUGUCAGGGAGACUCUGGGGGCCCUCUAGAAUGUAACAAGAAUCUUGUCGGCCUUGUGUCUGGAGGAACAGGAUGUGGCGAUCCCAAGAAACCUGGAGUGUACACUCGCCUUUCAGAGAAACAUGUGUCUUGGAUCAAAAACAUUAUAAAAAGACAAUCCAACAGCACCGUAUUUUAAGACAUGACUGAAUUCACAUGAAACACAAUGUACAGUAAGCCUACUUCAAGUGCAUUAUUUAUGUCUAUGUAAAAAGAGAAAAUAUAAUUUGUGUAAAUUAGCACAGUAUGUGAUUGACAGUUGCCACUUAAUAAUCACACAGAUAUUCUAAAAAAUGUGCAUCACUUGUAAUGCACAUAGGCCUAAUUAUGCAUAUUACAGAAAAUGGUGAUGAGUGAUUGUCAU